CAACACGCAAACCAUCCUUCACCUCCCUUGCGAGUUGCGACCAUCUCUCUGCCUAGUAGAGCCGCCGCUGCUUGAAGCACCAGGCCAUGGGCAGCAGAACAACGCGCCCGUAAGAAGCGGACCCAGACCCGGAUCACCACCACGACCACCGUCACCGGCACUGGCGCUGGCACUGCCACUGGAACUGGAACUGGAACUGGAACUGCCACCGCUCCCAAGCCCCGCCAUGGCCGAACAGCAGCAGCGUCCUCUUGCCGCCGCGACCUCACUUCCCGAUCCGAUCAAGCAAUCGCCGUCGAGCAGCUCUGGCGCACCUCCAACGUCUUCGAGCGCGCCCAAAGACCAGAUUCCCGGUCAUCCUUCCUUUCGACGGCAACGUGCAUCCCGGGCCUGCGAAACAUGUCAUGCACGAAAGGUUCGAUGCGACGCCGCCAGCCUCGGUGUGCCAUGUACGAACUGCGUAGCAUUCUCGAUCGAAUGCAAGAUCCCCACCCCGAAGCGGAAGAAAACAGCAGGAAAGAAAGACAAUGAAAGUGCACGCGCAGAAUCUGUCAAAGAUGACCGCUCACCUGGAGUUCAGAGCGGUGGGACUCCGACAUUUCCUACACGGGGCGAGGCAGUCCUUUCGCGCGACAUGGAACCCGACAAGAUUGGCGUGAACACUAAUGCUGGCAUGCCUGAAGUGGAGGGUUCGGAAGCCUACUAUACUAGCCAGCAGACCAACAACGGCACCUACGCCCAGUUCAUGAAGCCCAAGUUCGCGCGGGCACCCAUCAAGGAGGCUGGGCGCGUGGCGUAUUUGGGCGAGUCUUCCAACCUCUCUCUGCUCGUGCAAGAUCGCCAUGGGACGACAGACGUGGUCCAUUAUCCUCUGCCGGAAAAUGUGCGCGGCACACGUGCCAGAAUCAACGAGCUUGACAACGUCGAAAUUGACAUCCUGCACCAGCGAGGCGCUUUUCUCCUGCCGCCACGACAGCUAUGCGAUGAACUCGUCGACGCCUUCUUCACGUGGAUUGCUCCUGUGGUGCCGGUCAUCAACAGGAGUAAAUUCAUGCGACGCUAUCGAGAUUCGAAGAACCCGCCAUCGCUACUUCUUUUGCAGUCUAUUUUGCUUGCCGGAUCACGAGUUUGCAAUAACCCACAGCUCAUGGACGCGAAUGGCUCGACGACUCCUGCGGCAAUGACAUUCUACAAGCGCGCAAAAGCGCUGUACGAUGCCAACUACGAGGACGACAGAGUCACCAUUGUCCAGGCACUCAUUCUUAUGGGGUGGUACUGGGAGGGUCCUGAGGGUAAGAACAAGGCUCCAUUGGAUCUAUCUACGCACGCUCGGUCUGAUAUCGCUGCAGACGUCACGAAGAAUGUAUUCUACUGGAGCCGAGUGGCCGUCAUUGUCGCCCAGGGUUCUGGCAUGCACCGAAGUGUGGAACAAUCACAGCUGAGCAAGACCGACAAGCGCCUCUGGAAGCGAAUCUGGUGGACUCUGUUCACUCGCGACAGAUCCGUCGCUGUCGCUCUAGGGCGUCCAGUGUGCAUCAACAUUGAAGACUCCGACGUGGAGAUGGUCUCACCUGAUGACUUCGUCGAUGACGAACCAGAUCGACCAGCAGAAUACCCACCAGAUCCGAUUCAUGUACACUUCUUCCUGAACUACGUCAAACUCUGUGAGAUCAUGGGUCUGGUGCUUUCUCAACAGUACUCUGUUGCGUCCAAGUUGCGUCGAAACAACGCACUCGAUUUGACCCAUAGCGAUAUGGCUCUUGCGGACUGGCUGCAGAACUGUCCCUCGGAGGUGAGAUGGGAGCCUCAGCGGCAUCAUUUCUGGUCCGCGUUAUUACAUGCAAACUACUAUACAACGUUAUGUCUCCUGCACAGGGCUCACAUGCCACCAGCUGGCGCACCAGAAGCCCGGCCUAUGAAUGGCUAUCCAGAAGAGACUGCAUAUCCAUCUCGAUCGAUUGCAUAUCAAGCAGCGGCCAUGAUCACCUCCAUCAUCGAAGCGCUGCAGUCGCAUGAGCAGCUCCGAUAUGCGCCAGCAUUCAUUGUUUACAGCCUGUUCUCUGCAUUGAUCAUGCAUGUCUAUCAAAUGCGAUCGUCCAACCAGUCAAUUGUAUCGGCUACACAGCAGCGCCUGACUGUUUGCAUGAACGCGCUCAAGGAUGUCUCCAAGACUUGGCUAGUCGCUAAGAUGGUCCACACAUUAUUUGAGUCGAUUCUUGGCAACAAGGUUCUCGAGGACAGGCUACAGAAGGCCGCAGGUCGUCGACAUGCCAAGAGCAAACACAACGGCGCAAGUAGCAGAGCGAGCAAGAGCACACCAGCCGGGGAGGUUGAGGCACAGAAGCGAAAGUUCGACGAGAUGGAGCUAGGCUACACAAACGGCCCACCUGCACCACAAAUGUCGUACGAAAGGUCUCGUCCUCAGUCACCAGCCAUCACACCUUCGCGAGAGGUACCUCCUGCUGGCCAAGGCACGCAACCACAGCUUCAGAUGCCUCAAAUGACUGCGACAAGUCCCACGUUACGGCACGGCACUGACACAUUCAUGGGCGCUUCAAGAAAUAACACCAGGCCGACGACCCCUUCGUUUAACACUUUGCCUUGGUCACGGUUGGGGUCGCCCGACGUUUUUCUGCAUACCCGGAACUCCCCAAAAAUUUCUGAAGAUCUCUGGCAGAACUACCAGCCCGAACAACUCUUCCCACCCGAGACGAAUGGCCUCUUCCCGAUCACGAGUAAUAGUCCAAGCCAGAUGGUGGACCCCGCGCUCCGUACUCAAUCUCAUUCGAACUCACAAUUCCCACCACAGCAUCAAUUGGGAACGCCUCAGAUACAGCAAGGCCAGCAGAUGCCAAUCGGCGAUGGACAUGCUGCUCCAGGAAUGCAGUACCAGCAAGACCCGGCUGCGUGGGCGCAGCUCAAUACCAUGGGCGAUCAGACGCGCCCGGACGAUGCGUGGAGCGAUCGAAGUAGUACUGGUGGGCCUGUAGUGCCUACCACUCUCAAUGUCGGCGACUGGUUUGAAUUCUUCGGGAUCCCGAACGGCAGUGAUAUCAACGGACUAAAUGGUGCUGCUGGAUAUGGAUGAAUCCAGUCCCCCAAGCUCAGCAGGCAUCAUACUUGCCUGUAGUAUUCCUAUGGAUUUCACAAAGAAUGGAGUGGCGUUCUGAGCGUAUAAGUCAGCUGUCGAGAGAUGGACCGAGUGUUUUACUUUGACUACACCUCGCUCCACAUGGACUGUCGUCCAGUCGACGCAGCAGGCAUCUGAGCGCAACGGCGACACUAGGUAUAUGUGCUGUCAGGUCGCCGCAGACAAUUAGCUAGGCUACCAGCGAGAGCGCUAGAUAUCGCUGUUGCAAGAAAGCAUGCGCUCCGAAGCGUAUUUCUAUCGAACAAUUUUUUCAUUUUGAUUUUCAUUUUGGACUUAUACCAAUGGGAUUGGAUUGUCAUCAUCAUGAAUAGACUAGGC